AUGGCGGCGGCGGCGCCUGAUGCUCCUGCGGGUUUUUCCGAGGCGCCGGCUCCGACUGCGACGGCAGAGCCAGAGGCCGGGGGCGAGGACAGUCGUGAGGUCCGAGUGCUGCAGAGCCUGCGGGGCAAGAUCUGUGAAGCGAAAAAUUUAUUGCCAUAUCUUGGACCCAACAAAAUGAGAGAUUGUUUCUGCACCAUAAAUUUGGACCAGGAAGAAGUUUAUCGUACCCAAGUUGUUGAAAAAUCUUUAAGCCCAUUUUUUAGUGAAGAAUUUUAUUUUGAGAUUCCAAGAACUUUCCAGUAUUUGUCUUUCUAUGUUUAUGAUAAGAAUGUUUUACAAAGAGACCUCCGUAUAGGAAAAGUAGCCAUCAAAAAAGAAGACUUGUGUAACCACAGUGGCAAAGAAACUUGGUUUUCGCUACAGCCUGUUGAUUCCAAUUCAGAGGUUCAGGGUAAAGUUCACCUUGAAUUAAAACUGAAUGAACUGAUAACAGAAAAUGGAACUGUGUGCCAGCAGCUUGUUGUACAUGUCAAGGCGUGCCAUGGGUUGCCUCUCAUAAAUGGACAAAGCUGUGACCCUUAUGCAACAGUUUCUCUAGUGGGCCCUUCCAGGAAUGACCAGAAGAAGACAAAAGUAAAGAAGAAAACAAGCAAUCCGCAGUUUAAUGAAAUCUUUUAUUUUGAGGUGACGAGGUCCAGUAGUUACACCAGAAAGUCCCAGUUCCAGGUAGAAGAGGAGGACAUUGAAAAGCUGGAGAUUAGGAUCGACUUGUGGAACAAUGGAAACCUGGUCCAAGAUGUUUUCCUUGGUGAGAUUAAGGUUCCUGUGAACGUAUUAAGAAAUGAUGCCUCUCAUCAAGCCUGGUACUUGCUACAACCAAGAGACAAUGGAAACAAGUCAUCUAAAACUGAUGACCUGGGGUCCCUUCGAUUAAAUAUAUGUUAUACAGAAGACUAUGUACUUCCUUCAGAGUACUAUGGUCCUUUGAAAACACUGCUGCUAAAAUCACCAGAUGUUCAGCCAAUAUCUGCCUCAGCUGCUUACAUUUUGGGUGAAAUAUGUCGAGAUAAAAAUGAUGCUGUUUUGCCCCUUGUACGACUGCUGCUCCACCAUGAUAAACUUGUUCCUUUUGCCGCUGCAGUGGCGGAAUUAGACUUGAAGGAAACACAAGAUGCAAACACAAUUUUUAGAGGAAACUCCUUGGCUACCCGAUGCCUGGAUGAGAUGAUGAAAAUAGUGGGAGGGCACUACCUGAAAGUAACAUUAAAACCUAUUCUAGAUGAGAUAUGUGAAUCCUCAAAAUCCUGUGAAAUUGAUCCUAUUAAAUUGAAAGAGGGAGAUAAUGUAGAAAAUAAUAAGGAGAAUCUGCGCUACUAUGUAGACAAGUUGUUCAGUACAAUUGUCAAAUCAAGUAUGAGCUGCCCCACUGUAAUGUGUGAUAUCUUCUAUUCUCUAAGGCAAAUGGCUACUCAAAGAUUUCCUAAUGACCCUCAUGUUCAGUAUUCUGCAGUGAGCAGCUUUGUAUUUCUUCGUUUCUUUGCUGUAGCAGUAGUAUCACCUCAUACUUUUCAUUUGCGACCUCAUCAUCCAGAUCCACAGACAAUCAGAACAUUAACUCUCAUCUCAAAAACUAUUCAGACUUUGGGAAGCUGGGGGAGUCUGUCCAAAAGCAAGUCAAGUUUCAAAGAGACAUUCAUGUGUGAAUUUUUCAAAAUGUUUCAAGAAGAAGGAUAUAUUAUGGCAGUUAAAAAGUUCUUGGAUGAAAUUUCAUCUACUGAAACUAAAGAGUCCAGUGGUACAAGUGAGCCUGUGCACCUGAAAGAAGGUGAGAUGUAUAAAAGGGCUCAGGGAAGAACACGGAUUGGAAAAAAGAACUUCAAGAAACGGUGGUUCUGCUUAACAAGCAGAGAGCUCACCUACCACAAGCAGCCAGAGUUCAUUGAACGCAAAGAUGCAAUUUACACAAUUCCAGUGAAAAACAUUCUUGCAGUGGAAAAACUGGAAGAGAGCUCUUUCAACAAGAAAAAUAUGUUCCAAGUGAUACACACGGAGAAACCACUCUAUGUCCAGGCAAAUAAUUGUGUAGAAGCUAAUGAAUGGAUAGAUGUGCUCUGCAGGGUGAGCCGAUGCAAUCAGAACAGACUCAGCUCUUACCACCCCUCCGCAUAUCUAAACGGAAACUGGCUCUGCUGUCUGGAGACCAGUGAAAAUGCGCUCGGCUGCAAGCCAUGUACUGCAGGUGUCCCUGCAGACAUCCAAAUAGAUAUUGAUGAAGACAGAGAAACAGAAAGAAUUUACUCCCUUUUUACCCUCAGUUUACUUAAGCUGCAGAAAAUGGAAGAGGCUUGUGGAACUAUAGCAGUCUAUCAAGGACCACAGAAAGAGCCUGAUGACUAUUCCAACUUUGUAAUCGAGGAUUCUGUAACAACCUUCAAGACAAUUCAACAAAUAAAAAGUGUCAUAGAGAAGCUAGAUGAACCUCAUGAAAAGUAUAGGAAGAAAAGAUCAAGUAGUGCAAAAUACGGCAGCAAGGAAAAUCCAAUCGGGAAAAUAUUUUAGAGUUUGGCCAAUUGAUUCAGAAGACUGGAAAAUAUUUUUAUUGGAGUUUCUCAAUUCAUCGUGUAUUUUGUUCAUAGUAUUUAAGAAUGAACAUCGGCUUCACUGUCAUCUGCAUUCACAUUGUAUUUAAUAUUUAAUAAUUGAAACUAACUGUUUGGAAAUUCUGGUGUGAUGUUUCACUAGAGAAUUUAAAACCCAGGAUUCGCUUCAUAUCUUAUGUGUCAAAAGCCAUGUUUCUGCAACUUCUUUUUAAUAGAAAGACUCUUCCUAAAGAAGCUUUAUAACAAAAGGAGAACUCCUCCAUAGCAAGAAACCAUCUCUUCUUGUAACACUCCAUGUUCUGUGGACUUUUCACUACCAUUAGUGCCUGCUCUAUACUGCCAACAUUGUGUUUUACUAGAAAAUUUCAAUCCAUGACUAUUCAGAGCUUUCCGUUUAGUUCAUCUAGACCUUUCCUCUUCAAAAAAAAAAAAAAAAAA